UGUGGCAGAGGGCGAUUGAAAAGAAGCGCUUCCGGCGGCCUAGAGCCAUUAAUCAAUAAACUAGGCUCUUAGGCUUGACCCAGUCGUCGCCUCGGACCUGUCGGAGUCGGACAGCCGCGUAGACCGCUCCUGGAAGACGGCGGACAAAGAGCUUGCACCUUCACACAAUGUCUAGUAUUCAAUCGAUGUGUAUCGAACCUGAAGAGACAUAUAGGCAAUGAAUCUGGAGAAGCGAAUUGAAGACAGAUUGUAAGUUUCAUUGAAUGUCCAAGAGGAAUUGUCACCGUGUGAUUGGCAUCUGACAGUUAUUUUUCUCUUAAUCUCUUCAAGGAGAACAUCCUUUGUCCUAGAGUUUUGCUGACACCUUUCUCAAAGUGAUCUCAACUUGCUUUUUAUGUAAGAACUGCCUGGACUUCAUAUUUUUCACUGCAGAAGCCUAUGAUCUGCAAUUGCCAGAGACUUAAACACAUUACCCGUAGGGGCUCAUCUACAUUAACCCUGAGGGCUCUUCUCUGCUGGCUCUAAAAUGUUGAGAUACUGGGGAGAGAUACCAAUCCCGUCAGGCCAGACCAACAGAAGCUCCUUUGACCUGCUCCCACGGGAGUUCCGCCUGGUGGAAGUCCAUGACCCACCCCUGCACCAGCCCUCAGCCAACAAGCCCAAGCCGCCCACCAUGCUGGACAUCCCCUCGGAGCCAUGCAGCCUCACCAUCCACACCAUUCAGCUGAUCCAGCACAACCGACGCCUUCGCAGCCUCAUCGCCACAGCUCAGACCCAGAGUCAGCAGCAGACGGAAGGCGUAAAGGCCGAAGAGAGUGACCCUCUUCCCUCCUGCCCUGGGUCGCCUCCUCUCCCUGAUGACCUCCAGCCUUUGGAUUGUAAAAAUCCCAAUGCACCCUUCCAGAUCCGGCACAGUGACCCGGAGAGCGACUUUUACCGCGGAAGAGGAGAACCUGUGACUGAACUCAGCUGGCCCUCCUGCCGGCAGCUCCUCUACCAAGCCGUGGCCACGAUCCUGGCCCACGCAGGCUUCGAGUGUGCUAAUGAGAGCGUCCUGGAGACCCUGACUGACGUGGCGCACGAGUACUGCCUGAAGUUCACCAAGCUGCUGCGCUUUGCCGUAGACCGGGAGGCCCUGCUGGGACAGUCCCCGUUCCCUGAUGUCAUGGAGCAGGUGUUCCAUGAAGUGGGCAUUGGCAGCGUGCUCUCCCUCCAGAAGUUCUGGCAGCAUCGCAUCAAGGACUAUCACACUUACAUGCUCCAGAUUAGUAAGCAGCUCUCUGAAGAGUAUGAAAGGAUUGUCAAUCCCGAGAAGGCCACGGAAGACACUAAACCUGUGAAGAUCAAGGAGGAACCUGUGAGUGACAUCACAUUUCCUGUCAGUGAGGAGCUGGAAGCUGACCUUGCUUCUGGAGACCAGUCCUUACCCAUCGGAGUCCUCGGGGCUCAGAGUGAGCGCUUCCCAUCCAACCUGGAGGUGGAGGCUUCGCCACAGGCUUCAAGUGCAGAAGUAAAUGCUUCUCCUCUUUGGAACCUGGCUCAUGUGAAAAUGGAGCCUCAGGAGAGUGAAGAAGGCAACGUGUCUGGGCAUGGGGUGUUGGGCAGCGACGUCUUUGAGGAACCAAUGUCAGGCAUGAGUGAAGCUGGAAUCCCACAGAGCCCCGAGGACUCGGACAGCAGCUAUGGUUCCCACUCCACGGAUAGCCUCAUGGGGUCCUCCCCCGUUUUCAACCAGCGCUGCAAGAAGAAGAUGAGGAAGAUUUAACUGCAGGACCUUCUGGUCCAGACCAGCAUCAGCAGCAGAGAACCUCGUUGUUUAGAUUGUUUCCAUAAUAGUGAUUGGAUUCUUAUUCUUAAAUACAGCGGGCUUUCCUAAUUUCAGA